GUAGUUACAUAGCUUGCUUUCUCCUUUCCUUCCUUUCUCUUUUUCUCUCUUUCUCUGUUCGAUUGUCUCUUGCAUGCCAUCGAUUCUAUAAUUAUGCUCCGCCGUCGUUUGGCCAAGGACGGCGCGUCCGAGCCGUCCGACGCCCGCGAUGUCUCCCAAUCGCAUUCCGAGUCGCAGUCGCAGUCGCAGUCGCCGCCUCCCAAGCCCAAGAAAGAGUCCUUCGUCACAAAACCUCGGAGUAAACGCCGCAAUGGGCUGAUCUUCGUCUUGGGUGGCCUGUUCGGUGUCCUUGUGGCUGUUCUCUUCGCCAAUCAACAGGAUGUGAUCAAUCUAGAUAGCUUGAUGGAUUUGAAUCUUGAGUCGUUGAUGGAUGUCAUGCCCCAGGGAUUACUGUCCGAUGUGAGGGAGUUUACGCAACAUGAACGCGACACGGUCAGCUACGAUUCGUUCUCCGUCGGCCUUCACCUCCAAGCCGAGGGCGUCCACGCCAAACACCCCAUCGUCAUGAUCCCCGGUGUCAUCUCUACUGGUCUCGAGAGCUGGGGUACCGAUGCCAACUCCCGCCAAUACUUCCGUCGCAGGCUCUGGGGCAGUUGGAGCAUGAUGCGCGCGCUGGUUCUCGACAAGACUGAGUGGAAGAACCACAUCAUGCUGGACAAGGACACCGGCCUGGACCCCCCUGGCAUCAAACUCCGCGCGGCACAGGGCUUCGAUGCCACGGACUUCUUCAUCACGGGAUACUGGAUCUGGAAUAAGAUCCUCGAGAACCUCGCGACCAUCGGCUACGACCCGACUAAUGCCUUCACCGCCGCUUACGACUGGCGUCUCUCAUACCCGAACCUCGAGAUUCGUGACCAGUACUUCAGCCGGCUGAAAUCCUACAUCGAGACGGCCGUCCAGGUCGGCGGGGAGAAGGUCACCAUCGCGUCCCACAGUAUGGGCUCGCAGGUGGUUAUGUAUUUCCUCAAAUGGGUCGAGCACCCCGACCACGGCGGCGGCGGCAGCGACUGGGUCAACAACCACAUCGCCAACUGGAUUAACAUCAGUGGAUGCAUGCUCGGGGCUGUCAAGGGCCUCACCGCUGUCCUGUCCGGCGAGAUGCGCGACACGGCUCAACUCAACGCGUUCGCCGUCUACGGCCUGGAAAAGUUCCUCUCCAAGGAAGAACGCGCCGAGAUCUUCCGCGCCAUGCCUGGCAUCAGCAGCAUGCUUCCUAAGGGUGGCGAAGCCGUCUGGGGCAAUGCCACCUGGGCACCCGACGACCUACCGGACCAGCACCAGUCCUACGGCACGGUGCUCAACUUCCGCGAGAGCAACUCCACCCGCACCAGCAAGAACCUCACUGUUCCUGAAAGUCUCUCCUACCUCCUGGACGAGUCCGAGACUUGGUACCGCGACCAAGUGCUGAGCAGCUACUCGCACGGCGUCGCUCACACAGCGAAGGAGGUUGAAGAGAACGAAAACAACCCCCGCACAUGGCUCAACCCGCUCGAAGCCCGUCUCCCGCUCGCGCCGGACCUAAAGAUCUACUGCUUCUACGGUGUUGGAAAGCCUACUGAACGCAGCUACUUCUACCAAGAAGAACUAAACCCUCUGGUGAAUCUGAACAUCAGCAUCGACACCACCGUGACCAAUGGCGACGGUGUUGACCAUGGCGUCCUCAUGGGCGAGGGCGACGGGACCGUCAACCUCCUAAGCACAGGCUACAUGUGCGCCAAGGGCUGGCGCAUGAAGCGGUAUAAUCCCGCCGGCGUCAAAAUCAAGGUCUUUGAGAUGCCGCAUGAACCGGAUCGGUUCUCGCCCCGUGGUGGGCCAAACACAGGCGACCACGUCGACAUUCUCGGCCGCGCCUCCCUCAAUGAUCUCAUCCUCCGCGUCGCAGGCGGCCAAGGCGACCAAAUCGAGGAGACCUUUGUCUCCCGAAUCAAGGAAUAUGCGGACCGAGUGCAGAUUACUGAUGAUGAAUGAAUAUGAUGAUGUGAAAUGAUCAGUGUGUGAGUAUGAUUAGAUUUAGAUUGGGAAUUCAUUUCUCCUUUUGUUUUCCCAAUGCUCUCUAUUUCUUAUCUCUUACCGUACAUAUAUACUAUACACUAUGCAGUACUUUCCAUACGCGAGAUGUGCCUUUGGCCUUCAUAUUUUUUUAUGCUUAGAUCUGAGGAUUUCCUUUUCUUCUCUUUCUGUGAACUUGGUGGGAAGGGAGGAGCUGUCUAAUAGAGUGGUGGCGGUUGUCGUCUUUAUCUUAGAUCUAAUAUUAAUGCUGGAUUAUAUCUGGCAAAGUGGC